UGUCGUAAAAUCUGCCUUUUUGUAAUAAAAAAAACAAACAAUUCGUGAGCCAGUGUCUUGAUAAAGAAAUUAGAGAAGUCACUGGCUCGAAUCCCAAGCUAAUGCUCGCAUAUAGUAUGAAAUAUGACUGUCAGUAAUAAGAACAAUAACAAAUAGUGAGCUUGUUCCUUAGACAAGAAAAGAGAUGUCGCCGGUUCGGAUCCUAGACUAGAGCUUGAAUGUAGCAGAGUGCUAGCUGAAAGCUCUAAUAGCCAGUAAUAAUUGAAUAGUAGUUUAGGCAAUUGAAGAAAUUCUUGUCUUAGCUUGCUCUAUUCCAAAUAUGUUAGAUUGAUAGGUGUAGGACCUAUAAUAAUACUGAUAGGUUUUCCACCUUCUCGGUUCGAAGAGCCCACAAAAGGUUUCUAGGCAUCUUAAUAUAUUUGCUGAGCCGGAGUUAUAAAACAUGUCUUGUUAAUCCCAGAGAGACAAGAGUUCGAAAUUCUAUCUAUAAAUUCCUUUAAUGCUCGUGCCACUGAAAGUCAUUAACUGGAUCAAGUUUUCAUUGCCAAAGAGAGCCCUUUUGAUAUUUUCACUUUAGGAAUUUGCGUAAGGGUAUUCAAUCUUCGUCAGGCCCAAGCCCAGCUGUUUGAUCUUGUUAUUGUUGUGUGUCGUAUGUGUGCCAAUUUGUCCAGCAAUAAAACUGCGUGCGAGGCUUUAAAAGGUCCGAUUUCGGGCGCUACGCGUGUUUAGUUGUAGUUUGGCAGUUGCUGCGGAAGCGCUUUACGAUUAAAGUGGUCCAGGCACCCAAACGACCAAUCAAUCAGUCAGUCAGUCGGUCAAUCAGUCGGUCAGUCAGUCGGUCCAUCUGUAAGAAUCGAUAGUCUAGAGUUAAACAAAUGGCUGAACGGUGCAGCAAAUCGAACGCCAUUGUCCUGAGCCUGAGCCUGAUCCUGCUGCUGUCGCUGUCGGCGACGCAGUCCAAGCUGCUGACACGCUGCCAGCUGGCCAAGGAGCUGCUGCGUCACGACUUUCCGCGCAGCUAUCUGUCCAAUUGGGUCUGCCUGGUCGAGUCGGAGAGCGGUCGCAGCACCUCGAAGUCCAUGCAGCUGCCCAAUCAGAGCGUCAGCUACGGACUCUUUCAGAUUAACAGCAAGAACUGGUGUCGCAAGGGCCGUCGCGGUGGCAUCUGCAACAUCAAAUGCGAAGAGUUCCUGAACGAUGAAAUCUCCGAUGAUUCGCGCUGUGCCAUGCAGAUCUUCAAUCGUCACGGCUUCCAGGCCUGGCCCGGCUGGAUGAGCAAAUGUCGCGGCCGUACGCUGCCCGAUGUCUCCCGCUGCUAAGAUCACCCCUCUACUCUCUCCCCCCCCCCUCCACCCAUCGAAAUGGCGCCUCUGGCAUUUUGGAGGAGCCGAGUUCAGCUUCUUAGUUCUAAACAUAUAUGCUAGCUGUUAGGUUUAAGUUUCGCUCGAUUCAUUGGUUCAUUCAAUUAUAUAAUAGACAUAUUGGGUUCAUAUUGCUUCAAGAUUACGUUUUUCCAAGAAUUGCCCUUAUCAGUAAGACGGGGGAAAAAAACAACAAAAACAACACAAAAUGCAGCUUUUCAAUUUGUUAUUUAAACAUUCCUCUGCCGAUUCCGCCUACUAUGCCGUGUUUGCAAAUAAAGCUAAAGGUAAAGGGUAUAUUCGCUUGC